GGACGGAAGGGAGGGGAGAGAGAGAGAGAGAGAGAGAGAGAGAGAAAGAGAGCGAGAGAGAAAAGAGGGGGAGCACAUGUGUAUGCUUGUCACUAAGGGGCUGGGAGAAGGACUGAGGGAAGCGAGGUAGCUGGCCACAGCCGCCAUAUGCUGACUGGAUUCCUGUUCAUGUCUGCCUUGAGAAGACUGUAGGUUUCUGUUCUGUGCUGGCCGGCUGGGGAACACACACCAUGGGAAGCUCACAUCUCCUCAACAAAGGCAUGCCUUUAGGCAUCAGGCCGCCCAUCAUGAACGGGCCCAUGCACCCGCGCCCCUUGGUGGCGUUGCUGGACGGGCGCGACUGCACCGUGGAGAUGCCCAUCCUGAAAGACGUGGCCACUGUGGCCUUCUGUGACGCUCAGUCAACGCAGGAGAUCCACGAGAAGGUGUUGAAUGAAGCGGUUGGGGCGCUGAUGUAUCACACCAUCACUCUGAUGAGAGAAGACCUGGAGAAGUUUAAAGCUCUACGCAUCAUCGUUCGCAUUGGCAGCGGCUACGACAACAUCGACAUCAAAUCUGCUGGAGACCUGGGCAUUGCUGUAUGUAAUAUGCCAGCAGCCUCAGUCGAGGAGACAGCCGACUCCACGCUGUGUCACAUCCUCACUUUGUACCGACGCACCACCUGGCUGCACCAGGCUCUCCGGGAGGGCACACGGGUCCAGAGCGUGGAGCAGAUCCGAGAGGUGGCGUCAGGAGCCGCCAGGAUCAGAGGAGAGACACUGGGGCUCAUAGGGCUCGGUCGUGUGGGUCAGGCGGUAGCCCUGCGAGCCAAGGCUUUUGGCUUCAAUGUGAUUUUCUACGACCCAUACUUGGCUGACGGUGUAGAGAGAUCCCUGGGACUACAGAGGGUCACCACAUUACAGGACCUGCUCUUCCACUCCGACUGCGUCUCCCUGCACUGCAGCCUGAACGAACACAACCACCACCUGAUCAACGACUUCACUAUCAAACAGAUGCGUCAGGGGGCUUUCCUGGUGAACACAGCCAGGGGGGGUCUGGUGGAUGAGAAGGCCCUGGCUCAGGCCUUGAAGGAGGGGAGAAUACGUGGAGCCGCCCUCGACGUUCACGAGACAGAGCCGUUCAGUUUCAGCCAGGGCCCGCUGAAGGACGCCCCCAACCUGAUCUGCACCCCUCACGCUGCCUGGUACAGUGAACAGGCCUCGCUGGAGAUGAGGGAGGAGGCAGCCAGGGAGAUCCGGAGGGCUGUCACAGGACGUAUUCCUGACAGUCUGAAGAACUGUGUGAAUAAGGAGUUCCUCACCCAGACUAACCACUGGGCAGGCGUAGACCCAGCUACCGUACAUCCUGAGCUCAACGGGGCUUACAGGUACCCCCCCGGUGUGGUGAGCCUGGCGUCGGGCGGUCUCCCCCCACCCGUUGAAGGCAUCGUGCCCAGCGCCGUGCCCAUCACACACACUCUCCCGCCCGCAGUCACACACCCUCCCCACGCCCCGUCCCCUGGACAAAACACCGUCAAGCCACCAGAGGGCGACAGAGAGCAGCACCCCAAUGACCAACUGUAGCCACACACACACACACACACACACACACACACACACUCACACUCACACACACGCCCACAUACGCCCAAACAAAAACACCCACACACAGAUAAACACAUUCACACACACACACAUACGCCUGCCUGUGUUGUCUGGUGACCAGAGGUUGCCAUGGCAACCGGUGCCAUAGCGAUAAGUUCCCUAGUGACAAGUUGUUAAUAGACAGGUUGAUAGAGCGUCAGACUGACUGGUUCCCGAUAGCGAUCGAUUCAUGACUCACUGGCGAUUGGUUCUCAGCAGCCAGCUUAAACUCCAAAGAAGAGGAAGAGGAUGAUGCUGAUGAGGAUGAUGAUGAUGAUGAAGAGGAAGAGAAGGAAGAGAAGGAGGAGGAGGAGGAGGAGGAGGGGAUAGUUGUCCCCUGCUCCAACCAGAAGUCCUGAGACAGACUGACCCGUACUGCAGGUUGAUCUUCAUGUAACAACAAUAGCUGAGUUGUAAAACGUUCCUUGGACAGAUUAAAAAAAAAAAAAAAAAAAAAAAAAGCAGAGCGAAUAUAAUACCAGUAUCUGUUGAUUCGGAAAGAAAAAAAAUAUUGAAUCAAAUUCUGCUGUCUUAGACUGUAGUUUGUCCAAAGUUAGGAGGGCGGGUUUCAUGUCUUUAUCUCUCUCUCUUUUUCUGUGUCCUUUCCUUAGUUUGAUGUACAAGCAAAAGUAGUAGGUUAUGAAAUGAAUGUAACCUGUCUGUGUACAGUUUUUAGACUUAAGGCGAGAAGAUACUGAUAUUUGUAUUCCAGUCUUAACAAAAACAUGGGUGAUGUGAUCUCUCAAUGUAGCCAAACUGGUUUGACAAGUAAUACAAUAUCUGUUUCUUUUUUUUUUUUUUUUUUUAUGUGUUUCCCCAAAUUAACAAGCCCCAAAAAGAGGCAGCUUUUUGCACACCGUCUCAGGAAAUUUAGUUUCCCCCGUUGGUAUAUUAUUUUUUUAUUUUGUUUGGAAAUUCCUUUAUAUGCCACUUAGUGCUUUGUUUUUUCUACCUGCUUGCCUUUUCGUGUCCCGUUACAUUAGAAAAAGAACUUUAACAAAGGCUAAAGUUGCUCUGACGUUUGAUUUUGUCCGUUACGUUUAAGGGGCAUGUGAUUUUGCUCUUGGGACUUUGUGUAAAUGUUUCCAAGUUCAACCCAAACCAAGGGGGUUGCGGGAGGAACGGCUUCAGGGUGGUGGCAAAAUGGUAUGCUUGGCUGGGACGACUUUCUCCCCAGCCUCGAUUUUCAGUCCUGAUGCACAGCGGUUAGGUUGAUCGCUCUGAGAGACGAAGAAGGUCGAGCACAAGGCGUUGCAUUGCCGAGGCAUUUGCAUCAGUGAACAUUAUUCCGUCGCUGGCUCACAGAUGGAGAACUUGUUUAAUAAGGCGUUAUUACCUUCCUUUGCCUCCCUAAUGUCUUUUUAUGAAGUCCAGCCACCACUUCCACCAUUAUACCUGUCCAAAUCACGAAAAUUUUACCUUGCAAAGUGAGCACAAGAACAAGGUUUACAAAUGGCACACAGCAUCGACCUGUCAGUUUGUUUCUUCAUGCUUCUCAGUCAGUGUAUAUAUAAUUUUUUUUUUUUUUUUUUUUUUUUUUUUUACUAAGGAAGUUGCCCUUCUAGCUAUAAAUAUGGCAAACUAACCAACAGACCUGGGUACAUUUCAUUUUUUUUUCUUUUUUGGGUCUAUAACUGAAUUAAACAGUUUACAGUUGGAUGGAUCCAAAAUACCUGGUGUGAAAUAGCACAGAGGUGCAGUUGUGGCAUCAAGUAAAAGACUGAGGAUUCCUAAUGUGUUCAGUUUUGAGAUAUGCUGGCAUUUCUUUUUUUUUUAUUUCUUUUUUUUUUUUUUUUUUAUCUCCGCUCCCACACCUACCUUUAGAAUUUUUAAUAUACUAAAGGUAACAAACUGUACAAAGUGCUCAUUUUCAUCCACUUUGAAAAAGGAAGAAAUAGUCCGACAAGCUACGGUUUUAUACAAAAAAAAAAUAAAAAAUAACACCAUAUAUGCACAGUAAAGUCAGAAAUCGCUGUCUGUCACUUAUAGCAUGGCAAAAAAACAUAUUGAUUUGCAGCUGAAUGAAGUGUUUAUAGUGUGUAGUAUCCCUUUAACAUUUCAUGAUAGGUCCUCUCGGAGUAUACCAUUUAGCCACCCCCGUGGCUUCUGUGUCUAUGUGUACAUAUGGUGUUCUGCCUGCCUGUGUCAAUGUGACUUGGUUGUAUCUGUGUCUAAGAAGCAACACUGGGGAGGGGGACUACACUCCACAAGGCCUCAUCGCAAAGACUGCCCGCUAAAUACACAACUAAACACUAUGAAAAAACAUUAAAAAAUUUAUGAAGGUACACUUGAGAGUCCAGACUAGAAAACCAUGCCAGUAAUCCAUGGCUUCGCUGGCAGCAUUCCCACUAAAUAUAUCAGAGUAUGCUGACAUUUUGCUGCAAAUGUUCAGUGGCUCUUUUGAAAUUUGCUCUGUAAUUUUUUUUUAUUAUUGAAUCCAGCAUCUGUGUUGUUGUUCCUGUUGUUGUUGAGGUUAGCAGGCGAGCCCGGCGAUGGUGCUUUCUGGAUCCCCUUCUGCCAGCAGCUGAGUAGUAAAAACAGUUCACUGUUGCCUACCUGGUCUUCAUGUUGAGGUAGUAGGCGUAGCAAUCAGGGAUGGAAAUUUCACUUGCCAGUGGUGAGUAUUUUACAGCUCGGGCUAGUGCCAAGUUCUUAUUGGCCAGAAUUUGAACAGGCUCUUAUGGAGAUGGUACUGAGGUGACAGCCAAAUAUCGAUGCCAGGCUAGUGCCCCAAAACUCUUCAAAGAAUGCUGGGAUAUUUUGAAUUUUACUCUGUUAUUUCUCCCCACCUCAACAGACGCCUGUCACCUUAUGAGGGAGAAAUACUGAAAUAUGCUGAUACUUGCAUCACCUGCACAGUAACGUCUUAUAAAUUGUUAGCAUUCCUCAUUGAAAGCAAUGGAUGCCACAAGCUAAAACAGCAGACUAGCUUUCAAAAUGUCUUGGUGCUCCUUGAAAUUCCAUCCCUGGUAGUAACACACAGUCCACUGUUGCCUACCUUGGUCCCCUUUAUGGUAAAGUAGUAGGCGUAGCAAUAUACAGUAUACAUAUUCUAUAUUCUACAGUAAAUAUCAUUAUUUUUGGUCAAAACUGACAACCUGACAAAGAUAUGUUUGUGACUGUAUGCAUUUGUAUGAAUUAUUUUAAAAGGAAAUAAACUGUGGAAAGGUGA